AUGGGAAUGAUGACUUGCCCCACUUCCCUAUCGGUCAACACUCGUUUCGGAGGACAAUACUCCAAAACCACCCCUUAUGGGAUGCGAGAUCUCCUCAGGGAAAGACUUCUCACGGAAGUAGCUACGGAAAUUCGAAGGUCUGGAACGGUUACGAAGAACUGGGCGCUGGAGUUCUCUGGAGUUCUUGGCACUAAUCCUAACAUUUUAGGCAGUGGAACCGCCUUGAAUGGCGGAUUCUACACCCACGCUAGCACUUGCUAUGUAAAGGAAGCUGGUUGGGACAAGACAUUGGUGAACAAAUCAUAUGAAUGGGUGGAAAAGUUGGUGGUGUUUAAGCCACCAAAGGUGGAUUAUCAAGUUGCUGUGAGAGACGGUUUGCUUGAGGCUAGGGUGUUGCCCUAUAAUGGGUUUAUGUAUGAUCAUUUGUAUGGGGCAAAAAUUGGAGGGACAAUUUUUGAUAAGAAUGGUCACAGGCACACGGCGGCAGAUUUGCUUGAGUAUGCAAAUCCAAGAAAGAUUACUGCCUAUUUGCAUGCAACUGUGUACAAGAUCUUGUUUGGAUAUAAUAAUGGAAUAGCAAGACCUCAAGCUUAUGAUGUGGUUUUCAAAGAUGCAUCGGGAGUGUUUCACAAAGCAUACCUAAUGAAGAACUCGAAGUCGUAG